AUGGCGAGCGGCGGGCAAAAAGUGGUGCUGAUCACCGGCUGCUCGUCGGGCAUUGGCCUGAGGAUGGCUGUCAUGCUGGCCAAGGACCAACACAAGCGCUACCAUGUCAUAGCUACGAUGCGAGACUUGAAGCGCAAGGACAAACUGGUGGAAGCUGCAGGCGAUGCAUACGGGAAAACACUGUCUCUGGCCGUACUGGACGUGUGUUCUGAUGAAUCGGUCAAACAAUGUAUCAACGGCAUCAAAGAUCGCCAUGUCGACGUCCUCAUCAACAAUGCGGGCAUUGGUCUGGUGGGCCCACUGGAGAGCAUACCCAUCGAGGAGAUGAAGAAGGUGUUUGAGACCAACUUUUUCGGUGUGAUUCGAAUGAUCAAGGAAGUGAUGCCUGAUAUGAAGCGGCGCAAAGGAGGACACAUCAUCGUGGUCAGUAGUGUGAUGGGCCUCCAAGGAGUGGUCUUUAAUGAUGUCUACGCUGCAUCCAAGUUUGCCAUGGAGGGCUUCUGCGAGAGCCUGGCCGUGCAAUUGCUAAAGUUCAAUGUCACGUUGUCAAUGAUUGAGCCUGGCCCAGUUCAUACAGAGUUUGAGGCCAAGAUGAUUCAAGACGUGCGUCAGAAGGAGUACCCGGGAACCGAUGCGGACACAGUUCACUACUUCAAGAAUGUCUACCUUCCAUCUUCUGUGGACAUUUUUGAGACACUGGGACAAACGCCGGAUGACAUAGCCAGAUGCACCAAAAAGGUGAUUGAAGCCAGCAGCCCGCGAUUCCGCAACCUGACCAACCCCUUGUACACGCCCAUCGUGGCCCUCAAGUACGCUGAUGAGACAGGCGGCCUGUCGGUUCACGCCUUCUACCACAUGCUCUUCAAUCUGGGCCCGCUCAUGCACAUCAGCAUGACCGCCAUGAAGUACCUCACCUGUGGCUGUCUGAGGAGCCGCACUGUGUCGCCAAACUGA